AUGGCUGUCAAUAUUACCGUUAUCUCGUUGAUUCUUUUGGCCUCACUCAGUCUGCAGGCAGCCCUGGCAGCUACUCAAGAAGAAAUAUUCAAACGCUUCCAGGACUGCAUAAACCGCUGUUCUCUGAUAAAUAAAGAAUGCAAUAAAGCCAUUCUAAACCUCUGGGAUGAUUUCUUUUCGAACAGGAAGACGAUCACACGCCACUUGCGGAAGUGUUGUCUACGAAACGAAUAUCGCGAAGAUGCGCAUCCAAAUGAUAGUUUCGGUGCUUGUGCAAGGAUAAAUUGCGGGGCGAUGCUGUGGGGGUUACCGCGGCUCCCGAAAUUCGAAGCGGUUGAAACCAUGGCCAAAGGGCUUCUGGCCUGGUGUUUCCUUUUCUCGGUUCUUGUUCUGGUUUCGCACACCCAAACUACUCGUGCAGAUGAGCGGUUUGAUCGGUUCAAGGCCUGCGUCGAAGAGUGCUCACAAAUGAACUCACGGUGCAACGACAAGGCCAAGGAUAUGUGGGUGGACUACCAAAAAAAUAGAGCUAAGAUUAUGACGCUUUUGAGAAGAUGUUGUCUCCGAAACGAGAACCGAAGAGAUGCCGUCGCAGAAGACAGUUUUGCGGCUUGCACAAAACUUAAGUGUUCAGCAAUGCUCUGGGGGUAG